AUCCAGGGGACUCUGGGAAGUUCCGCUGCCAGGCUCGCAAAUCGCCGCGGUCCCUUGGAUCUCCUCAGCUUCAGCGCCUGCGCGCCGUCACCUCACGCGUGCGAGUGCCGGCCCUUGGAGAAGCACCGACCCUUUCCUGGCGGUGCUGCAGGGAGAGGCGCCUCAUACUCCGGCCGCACGGAGUCGGCCCGAGACGGUGCUGGAGAGACUGAAGCCUUGGCUGUCUUCAUCAUCUCCGCUCGUCUCGUCGUCUUCUCCUUCCCUUGUCUCACCCCGCCGGGGUCGUGAGAAGCCAUGGGGAUACUGGAAAAGAUUGCGGAGAUCGAGAGGGAGAUUUCCCGUACGCAGAAGAAUAAAGCCACGGAGUACCAUCUGGGGUUGCUGAAGGCCAAGCUGGCCAAGUACCGUGCCCAGCUCUUGGAACCUUCAAAGUCGGCCGCCAAGGGCGAGGGCUUCGAUGUCAUGAAGUCCGGGGAUGCUCGCGUCGCCCUUAUCGGAUUUCCCUCCGUGGGAAAGUCCACCUUCCUGAGUCUGGUGACUGCUACGGCAAGCGAGUGCGCAUCCUACGAGUUCACUACGCUCACCUGCAUUCCGGGCGUCAUAGAGUACAACGGUGCCAACAUUCAGCUCCUGGAUCUGCCGGGAAUCAUUGAAGGGGCGGCCCAGGGUAAGGGGCGUGGGCGACAGGUGAUUGCUGUGGCCCGCACGGCAGAUGUGGUCAUCAUGAUGCUGGAUGCCACCAAGGGGGAUGUGCAGAGGACUCUCCUGGAGAAGGAGUUGGAAGCCGUGGGGAUUCGUCUCAAUGUACAGAAGCCGAACAUCUAUUUUAAGCAAAAGAAGGGUGGCGGCCUGGCGUUCAACUCGACUGUACCCCUCACCCAGUGCUCCGAGAAGCUGUGUCAGCUUAUCCUGCACGAGUACAAAAUCUUCAAUGCCGAGGUGCUCUUCCGAGAGGACUGCACCGCGGAUGAGUUAAUCGAUGUCAUCGUCGGAAACCGAGUCUACAUGCCGUGUCUUUACGUGUACAACAAGAUCGACCAGAUCUCCCUGGAGGAGGUGGACAGGCUGGCGAGGGAGCCUCACAGCGUGGUCAUCAGCUGUGAGAUGAAGUUGAACUUGGACUACCUGCUGGAGGUGCUGUGGGAAUACCUGGCGCUCAUUCGCGUCUACACCAAAAAGAGAGGGGAACGACCGGACUUCGAGGGCGGGCUCAUCCUGAGGCGCAGUGCCACAGUGGAGCAUGUGUGUCACGUCAUCCACAGGACCCUCACCAGCCAGUUCAAGUACGCCCUCGUGUGGGGAACCAGCACCAAGUACAGCCCCCAGCGGGUUGGCGCGGGCCACAGGAUGGAGCACGAUGACGUCAUCCAAGUGGUGAAGAAGUGAAGACCAGGACGGGAGGGAAGAAGUUGCCCAAUACCUCGGCACAAUCCGUCACGCGCGCCAACAUCAACGCGAAACGUCAUGGCGUGCGGGACAGCUGUGAGUGUAUGCGUCAGACAAGCGAGCAAGCAUUUACUGUACAAAUUUAGCAUUUGUUUCACGAGCUAUCAAACAGAUUUGAUAAUUUAAUUUUUCUUAAACUUUGCCUUUUAGUUUGGCCAAAACCAUCCGAGCCUUUAUGGGUUCAGCGACGAAGAGUGCUGCUACAGACAUCCGUGGAGUGCAAAUGCUGUUUGUUAAUUUGGUUUCCAGUGUCGGGGCUUUUGUUUUGACUGCAACAUCUUUGUGAAUAAAAUCAGACAAGCUUA